CAAUUUUGUCAAACUCAACCCUGGCCUCCACGAAAAUGCGUUCUCUACUUUCUUCAACAUUGACUUUGCAGAAAAGCUUUGCAAUGGAAAUUGUACAUGUGUGAAGACUCCAAUGGUCUAUGUGCGGAAACAAACAAAUAUAUUAUAUAUACAUAUGAAUUUCUCGUCCUUUAUUCUUCAAUGCCCGAUCAAUACCACCAUCAGGCACUUGCAGGCAGUUGGGUUUUUAUGUCUCCUCUUCAAAAUGAAAAAAUUCUGAAGCUUUUACACUUAUUUUUAUAAAAUAAUUAUGCCAUCUCUUUGGAGUGCAUUUUUAUCAUCAUCUUCUUCAUCAUCGUCCCGUUCAAAUCCUCCACUAAAGGGUAAAAGCAAAAGCUCUAACGAUAUUUUCAAGAAUUCGAGUAAUAAAAAUAAUGGACAGGGGAAGAAGCUGACUAGGCAGAGGAAGUUAAGGCACGCAACUGAUGAUGAAUUAGGGUUGCGGUCUGCUGUUUUUAAUGAGAGGUCACAGUCGUGUCCCGUGUCGCCGGACUCGUGUUCUGCUUGGGGCCCAGAGUCGGAGUCUCAUACUCCCAGCCGUGCCGAUAUCGGCCAUUGGUCAAAGUCGGCGGUGCCGCAACCGCUGCCUCUUCCGGAAUCGAAUUCUCAGCCUAAGCUGAAUGAUAGUUUGCACGGUCCAAGAAGAGGGGAUUUGGGUCAUUCAAACUCUGCAGUUGAAAGUUCUUCUCAUCAAAAUUUGGGGAAGACAACAGAUUUGGCCAGAAGAUCAUCUGUAUCUCCAACUUAUCGUUUCAGAAAAUUCCCUGAAGAGCUAAACGUGGACACUACCCAGAACAACUUCCGACUGCAAUUUCCUACGUGUAGUGCUCCGAACAGUGGUUACUCAAGUCCCAUCCGUAGCCCGAAAAGAUUUAGUACUGUAGAUUUUUUCCACGUCUCAGCAUUGGCUUUCGAGUCUUCCCCUUCAGAUAGAAUAGCAAAAUCUUGCCAAAAUUCACCAAGACAUACCCCGGAUCAUUCACCACUUCAAAGUCCAUGUAGAAAUACAGUAAAUCAUAAUGGAAAUUUGAUGCAUUUACGCAAUAAAUCUUUCCCAGAAAGUUGGCCUGAAGGUAGUAAUGCACACGUACACCCAUUACCGCUUCCCCCUGGAGUUUCUAGGCCGUCACCUACUGCUUCUCAAAAUUCAGAUAAAUCAGAUAUUUCAUCAGUGAAAGGCCAGUGGAGAAAGGGAAGACUCAUAGGACGUGGUACAUAUGGAAGUGUUUACGUUGCAACUCAUCGUGAAACUGGUGCAACGUGUGCUAUGAAAGAAGUUGAAAUGGUUCCUGAUGACCCUAAAUGUGCAGAAUGUAUGAAACAGUUGGAGCAGGUUUUACUCUGAUAGCCUUCUUAUGAUAUUAUAUGUUUGAUACUUUGUAUGCUCCAUUUUGUGCUGUUCCAUUACGUUGGCAAGUGAAAAUGUAUACUGUAGUGGAAGAUCUCAGAAAUUGCAUCACAUUGUUUCCAUUUAACGGAAAUCAUGUUAAGCACAUGCCACUUUCGUUGUUAACUUAUUUGUCAUUUUAGUUAUCAAAAAGACUUAAUAUUCAUUUUAGAUAUAGAUGGUGAUGUAUUUUUCUUGAAGUAUCAGGCAUGAAUUAGUUUUAUGUCUCUAUUUCUAUGUACUUGGUUUUUUCCUUAAAAAUAAAU